AUGUCAGAUUACGAGGACGAGAUGGACGUGGACAGCACCGCGCCAUCCCACGAUAUUGCCUUCUCGUCCGCAGCCAAGCAAGGCAAGCGUAGUGCCGCAAACUUGCCAGUCGAAGCGGAAGAUAACCUGCCAUGGGUCGAGAAAUACCGCCCCUCAACACUCGCCGACGUGAGCGGCCAUCAAGACAUCCUCUCGACAAUCAACAAAUUCAUCGACACAAACCGCCUCCCCCAUCUCCUUCUCUACGGUCCUCCCGGCACAGGAAAGACGUCCACCAUCCUCGCGCUCGCGCGGCGCAUUUACGGCGAGGCGAACAUACGACAAAUGGUUCUCGAACUCAACGCGUCUGACGACCGUGGUAUCGAUGUGGUGAGGGAGCAGAUCAAGACUUUUGCCAGCACAAAACAGAUCUUCAACAUGGCAGGCGGGGCGGGAAGCAAAGGGAUGGCAGGCUACAAGCUGAUCAUUCUCGACGAGGCGGACGCCAUGACGAACACGGCGCAGAUGGCUCUCCGGAGGAUCAUGGAGAAGUACACUGUGAACACGCGAUUCUGCGUCAUUGCGAAUUACGCGCACAAAUUGAGCCCCGCGCUGCUCAGUCGGUGUACUCGGUUUCGCUUCAGCCCUCUAAAGGAGGGCGACAUUCGGGUCUUGGUGGAGAAGGUUGUGGACGAGGAGAAUGUGCAGAUUGGCGGCGACGCGGUGGACGCUCUCAUCAAGUUGAGCAAAGGUGACAUGCGACGGGCACUGAACGUGUUGCAGGCGUGUCAUGCGUCGAGCACGCCGCUGCGCGAGCCCGGCGCGCCCAAGGUGCCGGACAGUGCGAUACAGAGGGAGAUGAUCACCACAGAAACCAUCUACAACUGCAUAGCAGCGCCGCCGCCCGAGGCCGUCAAGGAGAUCAUGGCGACGCUGUUGAAGACGUCGGAUGUCACGAGCUGCUUGAAUACGGUCAACUCGCUCAAGAUAGCACGGGGGCUGGCGUUGGCCGACAUUAUCACGGCGCUGUCGGAGGAGCUGGUCAAACUGGAGGUCAAGCCGCAAGUCAUGAUAUCGUGGCUGGAGGGUCUUGCGGACAUUGAGCACAGGGUUGCGGGCGGAGGCAGUGAGGUUUUGCAGACCGGAGCCAUGGUGGGUGUCAUCAGGAACGGGGUUGAGCUGAUGGAGAAGAGCUAA